CUUCUUCUCUCUUGACUGCCUCGGGAUCUUGUGAUGGUCAAUGUCUUCAUCCUUUUGAUUCGUCUUUGAUUUGUCUCUGUGCCAAGUUUCCCCAUAUCCGAUCACCGUCUCCCCAACGUUGGUCCCAAGUGGGCCCCAAGUAUAAAAAACCCUCUCCUCCUGGGUUUCCAAUCUUCAACACACUCAUACACCAUGUCGUCGAAGGUUGAUGCCUCACGCCCGCGGGCGGCUGAGACCAAGAAGGUGCACAUUGCGGAUACUCAGAUGACUCGCCAGAACUGGUACAAGCAUGUCAACUGGCUCAAUGUCGUUCUGAUCCUUGGUGUGCCUCUUUCCGGCUGCAUCCAGGCCUUCUGGGUGCCUCUGCAGCUGAAGACUGCCAUCUGGGCUGUUGUUUACUACUUCUUCACUGGAUUGGGAAUCACUGCUGGUUACCAUCGUCUCUGGGCUCACUGCUCUUACUCGGCCACUUUGCCUCUCCGUAUCUGGCUCGCUGCCGUCGGCGGCGGUGCUGUUGAGGGUUCCAUCCGUUGGUGGGCUCGGGAUCACCGUGCACACCACCGUUAUACCGACACCGAAAAGGAUCCCUACUCUGUCCGCAAGGGUCUCCUGUACUCGCACCUGGGAUGGAUGGUCAUGAAGCAGAACCCCAAGCGAAUUGGCCGUACCGAUAUCAGCGACCUCAACGAAGACCCCGUGGUCGUCUGGCAGCACCGCAACUACCUCAAGGUCGUCCUCACCAUGGGAUUGAUCGUGCCCAUGCUCGUCUCCGGUCUCGGCUGGGGUGACUGGUGGGGUGGCUUUGUGUACGCCGGUAUCCUGCGUAUCUUCUUCGUGCAACAGGCCACUUUCUGUGUCAACUCCCUGGCUCACUGGCUCGGUGACCAGCCCUUCGAUGACCGUAACUCUCCCCGUGACCACGUCAUUACCGCCCUGGUCACUCUCGGCGAGGGGUACCACAACUUCCACCACGAAUUCCCUUCGGACUAUCGCAACGCCAUCGAGUGGCACCAGUAUGACCCUACCAAGUGGACCAUCUGGACCUGCAAGCAGCUCGGCCUGGCCUAUGACCUGAAGCAGUUCCGCUCCAACGAGAUCGAGAAGGGUCGUGUGCAGCAGCUCCAAAAGAAGAUCGACCAGAAGCGCGCCAAGCUUGACUGGGGUACCCCGCUGGACCAGCUCCCCGUCAUGGAGUGGGACGACUACGUCGAGCAGGCCAAGAACGGCAGAGGCCUGAUCUCCAUUGCCGGUGUCGUCCACGACGUGACCGACUUCAUCAAGGACCACCCCGGUGGCAAGGCCAUGAUCAAGUCUGGUCUGGGCAAGGACGCGACCGCCAUGUUCAACGGUGGUGUCUACUACCACUCCAACGGAGCCCACAAUCUGCUCUCCACCAUGCGUGUCGGUGUCAUCCGUGGCGGUGGUGAAGUCGAGAUCUGGAAGCGUGCCCAGAAGGAGAACUCCGAGUAUGUUCGCGACGACUCAGGUCAGCGUAUCAUCCGUGCUGGCAUGCAGGUCACCAAGAUCCCCGAGCCCAUCCCCACUGCGGAUGCAGCUUGAACUGAUGAUAUAUUUUGAUCUUGCAUUGUGGGUUCGGGGUUGGCGUUUCUUUUCUCUUCAUUCCAGUCUUUUCAAAAGCCGCCUGUGACGCACUUCAUAGAUAAUUUCAUGAAUUAGAAACGAACUUUUUAUAUGAUUCAAUCAUUCAGUCAGCUGAACGGUAAACUGCAACGUUAGUUUAGUAUUGGAAAGGGUGUAAACAUGAAGAACAUCGCAGACUUGAAAACUUCGAAAAGCGGGGAUUUGCCUCUUUC